UAUUGCGGUAGCACACAGUUGGUUCGCCGUUGCCGUCCGUUGUGUUUAUCGUGGCCUACCGAUCUCGCCGGUGUCGACAAGAUGACAAGUGCGAAUCAAAUAAGAGAUAUAUGGAGAACUGCGGAUGCUGUAACAUUCGAUGUAGAUUCCACUGUUAUAACCGAGGAAGCUAUCGAUGAACUAGCUAAUUUCUGUGGGAAAGGAAAACAAAUCACUGAAUUAACAAAGCGGGCUAUGCAAGGUGAUAUGACAUUUCAACAAUCUUUAUCUAUAAGACUGGGAAUCAUAAAUCCAAGUUUAACACAAGUUAAGGAGUUUUUAAAUAUACAUCAGCCAUCACUUACCACUGGUAUCAAAGAGUUGGUGUCUACUUUACAAGCUCGUGGAAAGCAAGUGUUUCUUGUCUCUGGUGGUUUCCGCUGUCUUAUCACACCAGUUGCUGCUAAACUUAACAUUCCACCUGAGAAUAUUUAUGCUAAUAGAUUAAAAUUUUAUUUCACGGGAGAAUAUGCUGGCUUUGACGAGACUCAACCAACUUCUAAAAGUGGUGGUAAAGGAGAAGUAAUACGGCAUCUUAAGGAGGAAAAAGGAUUCAAGAUUGUCGUACAUAUCGGUGAUGGCUCAACAGAUUUAGAAGCAUCACCGCCAGCGGACGCAUUUAUAGGAUUUGGAGGAAAUGUAAUUAGGGAAAAUGUAAAAUCACGCGCGCAAUGGUUUAUUACAAACUUUGAUGAUCUCGCGAAAUGUUUAUAG